AUGGAAGGUGAAGACAAAAUGCGCGAGAAUCGAUUUAAGGAAAUUAGUCGGGCUUACGGUGUUUUAUCGGACGAAGAAAAGAAAAGAGAUUACGAUAGUGGAGGGAUGGGUCACGAUAUUAACGAUAUUGAUGAAUUCCGGGCGGAGAUUAUUGCUGAUAUUGAGAAGAUUAUAACCGAAAAAAAUUUGACGGCGCAAGAUUUAGCAAAUUGCAAUAUGCCACCUAAUUGGAAAGAAAUUGUUAAUGCUACUGAGGUUAAAUCCGUGGUCAUGGGUUUGAUGGUUAGUGGUAUUGGUGGCAAUUUUUAG